AUGGCAACCGCCGCAUGGCGUGCUUUAUACCUUCAUGAGAAAAAAGGCGGAAAGUGGCCUCUCAAAAAAGAACAAACAACGAUUGACCUCGAGCAAGAUCACAGGAAAUCUUGCAUGCUAUUCGUUGGUAGAAAUGAAAGCGAAGCUCAAGGUUUGAUUGAUCCUCCUUGCAGGAAAAACGUUUGUCCUCAUGAAGAAGUCGAGAUUGUGACUGUGAAACAACCUUGCGUGGAGCGAUAUACGAAGUACGUCCGGACGCGGAAACCGGGAUGCAAUGGACAGUUCAGGAGUUGCUCAGUUCGGAAACCAAAAAUCGUCUAUUUUCACUCCUACAAAAAAGUAAACCGAACGAGGCGGCACACGGUGGCCGAGUGUUGUGCUGGAUGGGUGCACGUUCCCGGAACGGAUGGAUGUCAACGAGGUGAGAACAUAGGUUUAUGA